CGAUGAGUUGGAGGAGGGAAGAGGAGCCGCUAGUGAGGGAGAACCAGAUGCUGGGGACCCCAAGAGAGAGCCGCCCCCGACGCGACCCCUCAACGCCCGGCCCGGCCCGGGGAAGAAGGAGGCCCAGCUCUCGCAGUACCGCCACCACCCUCUCCGAACCCGGCGCCGCCCCCCCAAGGGCAUGUACCUGAGCCCGGAGGGCAUCACGGCUGUCUCGGGCAGCCCCGACCUGGCCAGCCUCACCCUGCGGGGCCUCGACUCACAGCUCAUCUCCCUCAAGCGCCAAGUACAAAGCAUGAAGCAGACCAACAGCAGCCUGCGCCAGGCCCUGGAGGGCGGCAUCGAUCCCCUGCGUCCCCCCGAGGCCAACACCAAGUUCAAUUCCCGAUGGACCACGGAUGAGCAGCUCCUGGCCGUGCAAGCCAUCCGGAGAUACGGGAAGGACUUUGGGGCCAUCGCGGAGGUGAUCGGCAACAAGACGCUCACCCAGGUGAAGACCUUCUUUGUGAGCUACCGGAGGCGCUUCAACCUGGAGGAGGUGCUCCAGGAGUGGGAAGCCGAGCAGGACGGGGCGGCCGGGGCCCCAGCUCCCCCAGAGGAGGCCCGAAAAGGGGCCCCGGCGCCCACCGCCGCCAGUGAGGAGGAGGAGGAGGUGCAGAUCACGGCGGUGUCCCGGUCCGUGCCCCCAGCGCAGCCGGCGCCCCCUCCU